UGCUAAUAUGCAGAACUGUAGUUUUGAUGUAAAGAAGAAAAAAUGAAUUUGUUAAAAAAUACUCAAUUUGUUUAUAAGUAGAUAAACUUGCAAAACGCGAAGUAUUUAAUGUAGUAAGCAUUAACCACAAAACCGUGUACAGCUGAUGAUGCAACGCGUUGGAGGAACUAAUACGUAUUCGAGGUGUUUUAAAAACAUGUUGGUUUUGCAUUCAAAUGUUGUCAAUAGUUGCUAGGACACGAAGAAAAUCCAGAUUCGCGGAAAAAAUAAUUCGCUUGUCAUUAUAUAAUCGCACAAUCACGUUGACGAACAUGGAAAAGUAUCGAAACAUGAAGGUUGCAGAACUGAAGGCAAUUUUGAAGCAAAACAAUCUUUCUAGUAAAGGCAACAAGAAACAACUCCUGACCACGAUUGAAACUUAUAUUUGUGAAACACCUGUGGAAAGCGCUGACAUAAUGGAUCCGAACACCAGUGUUGCUGUAAAGCAAGAAGUUACUACAGCGGUCUUGUCCAACCUGCCGGAACCUGUUGUUAAAAAAGAAGAUUUUGUAGAAAAAGCUUCAAAUGAACAAAGUGUUCCAACUACAAUUGAUGAAGAACUUACGGCCUUGGAACUUCAACGACCUUCGUUCGAGGAACCAGCGGGGGCUCCCCCUACUAAACGUAAAUCCCCAGCAUUUACUCCGCCUCCAUUAAAAGCAAAAAAGAAGAAGAAGAGCAAAUGUCCUCCGCAACAAAAGAAUUCGAUCAUGUUGUUAAAUGAAUUGCAACCAGGUUUAAAAUACGACUUAAUAGAGCAGACUGGCAAUGGAACAUCAACUCGGUUUACUUUCCAAGUUGUGUUUAGAGGUGAAAUAUACAAGGGUAGCGGAGUUAACAAGAAGAUGGCGAAACAUGAAGCUGCAAAAGCUGCGUUGAGUCGUCAGAUCCAGUUCGAGAACCCCCACCUAGUGGCCAAUUGUUUCAUCCCCAAUCUCCCCCCGACCAUUGACUUUACAUCCGAUGCCAUUGAAAGUGAAUUUCCAACUUCCUUUGUGCAAGGUCCCAUGUCAGGAGCAGAGAUAUCAGAACACCCAAUGCCUCCAUUGGUUAAUGUGGCCGAACCACCAACACAAACCCCUCAACAGGAAGUUUUCAAAUCGGUUUCACCAACACAUAACUCACAAGGGAAGAAUCCGGUUCAAUUAUUAAACGAGAUGGUCGGGCCAGGGAUUCAAUAUAAUUGUGUGGAUCGAGUUGGUGAUCAGAAGUCACAUUACUUCACUAUGGAAGUUUGUUUAAAUGGGAGGGCUUAUCAGGGGCAAGGCAAGAAUAAGAAACUCGCGAAAGCUGGUGUGGCCAUGCGAAUACUACGAGAGGUUUACGAAAUUGACAUGGCCUCCCCUGACCAACAAGCUGUGAAAAGCAACAUGGAUGGUAUUGAGGUCGAUGCUGGGAAACUACCAGACAUUGUGUUUCAACUCGUGCAACAAAAGUUCAAUUCCAUCGUCGAAGGUUUAUGUGGAGAACAGGAUUAUUCAAAACAUAAAGUACUCGCUGGUGUUGUAAUGACAAGAAAGAUGGGUAAACAUUAUACAGACCCAAAUAUUGAUGAAGGAACUGUAGUAUCGGUGGCCACCGGUACAAAGUGCAUAAAUGGGGAAUACAUAUCAGAUCAGGGUUCAGCCUUGUUUGACUGCCAUGCGGAGAUUGUAGCAAAACGCGGCUUGAGGAAGUUCCUUUAUGAACAAUUGCUUUCAUUACCACAAACAACAGAUCCCAUAUUUGAGGAGCUUCCAACUGGAGGUUACAAAGUGAAACCUGAUGUUUAUUUUCACCUUUACAUCAACACCUCACCUUGUGGAGAUGCAAGGAUAUUCUCCCCGCAUGAAACAAAAGACGGCGACAAUCACCCAAAUCGUAAAUCUCGUGGUCAGCUUCGUACAAAGAUAGAGAAUGGGGAAGGCACGAUACCUGUUGAGGAAGAUAAACUUGUUGAUGAAAAUAACCGAGGAAAUAUGCAACAAACAUGGGAUGCCGUGAUUGGAGGGGAACGACUGCUUACGAUGUCAUGUAGUGAUAAGAUCGCUAAAUGGAACGUGGUCGGCAUCCAAGGUUCUCUACUAUCCAUGUACAUUGAACCGGUUUAUCUAUCCAGUAUUAUACUUGGUUCAUUAUAUCACGUUGAACAUUUCAACCGAGCCGUCUUCAUGAGAUCGAAGGAAGCAAUCGAAGCAAUAUCCGACGAAUAUCAAAUAACUUCACCAUACCGCGUACACAGGCCAUUAUUGGCUGCUGUUUGCAAUCCAAUGAAAAGAGUCGCCAAGAAAGCCCCCACGUUUUGCGUCCAUUGGUCGAUGCCGGAUGUUUCACCGCAAGUUAUAAACACUUCAAGAGGCCGACAAAUAGGAGGGGACGAACCCGUUUCGGAUCUUUGUAAGAAACAAAUGUUUAAACGUUUUCUACACUUGGUGGAGCAAAAGGAACUUUCACAACGAACAAGGUUUCCAAGUUAUAAAGAAGAAACUUACGCUGAGUUGAAAAGUUUGUCCAAGGAAUACCAGGUAGUGAAAAACAAUCUCUUAAAAGGGUUUGGGAAAUCUAGCUGCGGUAAAUGGGUUGGGAAGCCAUCGGAGGUUGACAUGUUCAUUUCAACUUAAUAUCAAAGUGAUUUUACUUUUUAUCUGUUAAUCAUGUUUUUAUGAUUCCGUAGUAACUUGAAUUUGCUUUUACUGCCACCUAUGUAAUAAAUUUCGUUUCUGCUGUAAA